CCUGCUCCGGGGUUGUGGGGUCCGGUGCGAAGCGCUUCUCUCCCUAACCACGCCUCCGCCGUCCCGCAAUGGGCCGGAGGAAGGCUGCGCGGGGCUCGGGUGCCGAGGGGGCCAAAGGGGGUGCACGGUGGCGGUCUCACGGCUGUUCUCGGGCCGCUCGCUCCUUAGACAGCUUCACAGAGGAGGUCGAGGCGGCGCUUCUCGCCUCUGUAGAAAAAGAUGCUUCAGCUGAAGGUGCUUCAUCCAAGCUGGAAAUGCCUUGCCCCCUGGCCAUGUGGGAACUGGGCCACUGUGACCCCCGGAAAUGCACUGGCAGGAAGCUGGCCCGACAAGGUCUUGUUCGAACUCUCCGACUGAAUCAGAGGUUCAACGGCCUUAUUCUCAGCCCCAUGGGCACCCACUACGUAUCUCCGGCAGAUAAACAGCUGGUAGCUCAGUGUGGAGUUGCAGUCAUUGACUGCUCCUGGGCCAAACUAGAAGAAACUCCAUUUGGGAAGAUGCGAGGGACUCACCUUCGUUUGCUGCCCUACCUGGUGGCUGCUAACCCUGUCAACUAUGGGCGGCCCUGCAAGCUGUCCUGUGUGGAGGCUUUUGCUGCCACUUUUUGCAUUCUGGGCUUUUCUGAUCUUGCCAUCAUCUUGCUACGAAAAUUCAAAUGGGGGAAGGGAUUUUUGGACCUGAAUGGUCAGCUCCUAGACAAGUAUGCAGCCUGCAGUGGCCCUGAGGACGUGCUACAGGUCGAAAAGGAGUUUCUGGCUGGUGCUACCGAGAAACCUGAGCAGGAAAUAGAUCCAUUUGAUGUGGACUCAGGUCAAGAAUUCUCAAAUCCUAAUAGGCUUGUGGUCCCUGCCAGAAUGGCUAACGACAGCAGUGAAGAAUCAGAGAAUGAAAGCGAUUAUGAAAAAGAGGAGGAGGAAGAGGAGGAGGAACAGGAAGGCAGCAGUGAUGAUGGAAGCCUUGAUGAGAAGAAUGGAAAGGGAUUGUCUGCCACAGUGAACACAGAUAUUUGGAAAGGAAUCAAGAAAAGACAAAGAGACUGACUAGUGCUCAAUACAGCUGUAUUUUCCAAACCUGGUUGACAAACCUAGAAAUGGAUUAACUGGACCCAUAGAUACCCAUUUGUCAGAACUUAGAAUUGGUGAACUGUGCUAGCCCUACUCAGUAACUGCAGAACUGGACAUUUUCAUCUAUUUCAAUGUUUUCCCCAUCCUUUAACUCAGCUGAACUGAUGGAAAUUUUUAGGUGGAGUGAAGGAUCUGCCUUUGAGCUAUUUGAACUCAGA